AGCAAGUGUACAUAAUUCUGGGUUGAAUUCUGUCAAGGUUGCGGAUCGAAUUGAAGCCGAUUCGCACACUUCUCUAGCGACCUGCGGUUUCUCUGGAAAGAUUCCGAGCUUUUGAGAGUGGAUCUUUGUGAGGAACAAGCUCCUAUAGUUGCAUCGUGAAUUUCCGAAAGGAUUUUUGCUGAGUAUGACGAGUGCCGUGGCCACCAACACGGCCAUGGCUGGCGCUCGCUCGUCAAUAUUUGAGCAGCAUAAGUUCGUUCGCCUGCUUGAGCUUCCUGCCGCAACGUCCUCAUCCUUGAGCCCCUUUCUUCAGAAUUCACAGACUUCCACAAUCAAUGGAUUUGUAACUCCGGACCUACCGGUCAAAACUUCUCUUGCGGAAUUUUUGAACUCUUUCGAAUUGAAGCAUAUUCUACCAAGACUGGUUCAAAAGAGUUCGAAGGAGGAGACUGUGCAACUCCCAAGAUUGGGGCUUGUCGAAACUUUGCGAGGCUUGGAUUGUUGGCAAGUGAGAACGGUUGCUGCUCAAACAAGAUUACUGCCAGAGAUCCAAGACCGUAUGGUGAAAGCCUCUAACAAUAUCGAGGCCGCAGGAUGUGGAGGCGCUCUGCUACUCCUAUCUGGAGGACACCCUUUAAGAAGAGUUUGGUUUGCCAACCAGCUGCUACCAGCAAACUCGUUUGCCAUGUUGCGCGCAGCACAUCAGUUACGAAAGAGUGGUCUUUUGUCUCCUGGAUUGCAGCUCUGGUGCGUGGAGAAUCCUCUCCUCAAUUCCGUCGAGCGGCUUGACAAGAAGGUUGCUUUUUUAGAAGUUAUGGCAGGCGCAGAAGCUGUUAUUGUUCAACCUCCUUUACUGCCUGAUCGUUUCGAGGAAUGGUGGAGCAAAGCCGAACAUAGAGGGUUGACGAAGGCAACACCAGUAGUUGUCGGUCUUCCUUUGUUGACUUCAGCUCGAAACUACUCUUUUUGGCUUGAACUGACUCAAGCAUCAGGGAAGGAAGCGGAUGCAAUAACAGCACGGUGGAAGCGAAUUGAAGCUGAAUACGCUGGUGACUCGGUUGCAUUUGCCAGAUUUUGUUACGAGGAGAGUGUUCGCAUGAUUGAAUCCAUUAGAUGUCUUCCUGGAGUGGCUGGAAUCCAUGUCAUGCCUGUCACGCGGGCUGGCUGGAGACAAUACCAGAAAUUGGUUGCGGAAGGCAAAUUAUAGAAGAUGAAAGGAGCAUCAUACAAGUAGGAUGAAUCCAUUGAUUCGGCGCAAAAUGUCGUGUGAAUGUCCCUGUGUAGGGUGUUUGGAAGUCUUCCAAUAAGUUCCUGAGACGAUGCAUUCUCCUGGGGACGGUCACGAAGGAGGGGAUUUCUUUAAGUGAUGGCAGGCGGCAAAGUCGCUCAUUGAUAAUUAGAUCCCAUAUUGCCAUAAUGUAUCAUGAACACACGACGAAAGGGUCAAGCUUUCUCAAGCUUCGAAGUGAAGUUUGGCGGGAUUUGCGGAAACAUUCCCUCAUGCUGACUAAUAAACAACAGCAUUCUUUUGGUAAAUCGACCGAAAUGUCUAACCAAACAGAAUGUUCAAAUGACUAAGCACCUAGAAAUCGUUCAAUCGCUGGGGACAAUCUCAUUUUGACCAUCGUACUCGUUGAGGGUAUAUCGACAUCCUUCUCUCUUUUUAUUGUCUCUUCAUGCAGGUACUCUGGAAUCUAACCUGAAAAACUUAGAACACAAUGUGUGCUCAUUCGGUUGACAGGGUUGAACGUAAUUGCAAGCAGCCUUGAAGAGUUGUCUUAACAAACUACAGACCCAACUCCCCACAAGUUGGCUAGUUUCUCCGCACUUUCUCUGAGCUCCUCUUAGUGUUUUGAAGUAGUAGCUUAAAUAUAGAAUCCUUGUAGCCUUGCUUUCUUCAACUGUAGUAUUGCUUUCAAACAGCAUGAAUAUGGGAACUUGCCCCUUUCUUUUCACUUGACUUACAUUCCAUGGAUACCUCUUACUCCUUGGUUGAAAUCCAGCUGCAAGCACAAGCUUGAAUCUUUGCUUGCUUUGUGUUAUUGAACCUC